ACUCUGGGAAACGUGGUCCAGCGCCAGACCAGCCACGGACAAGAUGGAGUCCUCUUACUUCUGAGCUUCAGCUUGGCCCGUUUUGAGACUGCACUCGGGAAGCAUUAAGGAGGGAGUCUCUACUCCAGACAUCCCAGCAGGACUAUCACUAAAGUAGAUUUCUCCAAGUGGAAUUGCCCAGUGGCAGGUGAUAAAGAGACCAAACUAUAUGAUCCUCCAUUGAAGCAAGAAGAUCCACUGGAUGGUGGAGAAAAAAGUGGAAGUCUUGUCAGAAGAAGACAGAAGAUGAUGAGCAGAUAGAAAACCAACAAGACUUGGGAGGCAAGUUGUAUCCAUUGAAGUACAGACUGAGGAAAAAAAGGACGCGAAUAUAAGAAAACUGGAAAAAUCCUUCAUUUGUUCACAGACCUUGUUUCUUUUAAGGAAACACAUUUUUGAAGUUUUGAGUUUGAAACCAUUUAGACUUAACCAUGAGGGAAGGUGUAUAGUACAGUCACUGAUUUUUACUAGCUCUAAGUCUUCUACCACUGCUUAUUUCUUAUGGUAAUAGCCCCAUAAGUGUAAAUCAGUGUGGAAAUGCCUUCAGUAUAAAACGUGUGUCUCAUCUGAUAGCAGAGGAGUCAUACUGGAGAAAAAUCCUAUGAAUUUAUUGAAUGUGGGAAAACUUUCACCCACACAUCCCAUUUCACUGAAUGUAGAAGUCAUGCUGAAGGGAAACAUUGUGCUUCUAAAGAAUAUUGAAAAGCCUUUAGCUAGAUGACAGAUCUCAUCAAGCAGCAAAUUCAUGCUGGAGCAAAUCCAGUGAAUAUAACAGAAUACUUUGAAUAUUAGAAAAUUUGUAUUGGAGAGAAAACUGAAUGAACUGAGUACGAUAAAAUUUUCUCACAAACUUUAUCCCUUCCUCUGCAUUUGAGAGGUCAUACAGAGAAGCCUUGUAAGAAAUGUGGAAAUAUCUUCAGGCAAAAGUAAAUUCUCGUUUGUCAAAAACUUCAUAGUGGAAAGAAACCUUGUGAAUGUGGGAAAGCUUCCAUUCAGAUGUCACACCUCAGCCAGCAGAGAAUUUAUAGUGGGCAAAGCCCCUUUGCCUGUAAGGUAUGUGGGAAAGUCUUCAGCCACAAAUCCAAUCUUACUGAGCAUGAACAUUUUCAUAAUAGAGAGAAACCUUUUGAAUGUAAUGAAUGUGGGAAGGCCUUCAGCCAAAAGCAGUAUGUCAUUAAACAUCAGAACACUCAUACUGGAGAGAAGCUUUUUGAAUGUAAUGAUUGUGGAAAAUCCUUCAGUCAGAAGGAAAAUCUUCUUACCCAUCAGAAAAUCCACACUGGAGAGAAACCUUUUGAGUGCAAAGAUUGUGGGAAAGCUUUCAUUCAGAAGUCCAACCUCAUCAGACACCAGAGAACUCACACGGGAGAGAAGCCCUUUAUAUGUAAGGAGUGUGGGAAAACCUUUAGUGGGAAAUCAAAUCUUACUGAGCAUGAGAAAAUUCAUAUUGGAGAGAAACCUUUUAAAUGUAAUGAGUGUGGAACAGCUUUUGGCCAGAAGAAGUACCUCAUAAAGCAUCAAAACAUUCACACUGGAGAGAAACCCUAUGAAUGUAAUGAAUGUGGAAAAGCCUUCUCUCAACGAACAUCACUUAUUGUGCAUGUGAGAAUUCAUUCAGGUGAUAAACCUUAUGAAUGCAAUGUAUGUGGAAAAGCCUUCUCUCAGAGUUCAUCUCUUACUGUCCAUGUGAGAAGCCAUACAGGUGAGAAACCCUAUGGAUGUAAUGAAUGUGGAAAAGCUUUCUCUCAAUUCUCAACCCUAGCUUUGCAUUUGAGAAUACAUACAGGUAAGAAGCCUUAUCAGUGCAGUGAAUGUGGGAAAGCUUUCAGCCAGAAGUCACACCAUAUUAGACACCAGAAAAUUCAUACUCAUUAAAGACCCUGUGAAUAUAUUCAAAAUGGGAAUGCAUACAUCAGAAAUUAUAUCUCACAGUGCAUUGGAAAGUCAUUCUGAAACCAUGCACCACAAAUGAGGUGAACUUAUACAAGUGCUCACGAUUUUCAGGACACUGAAAAUUCAUAUAGAAGAGGAAGCCAUUGAGGAAAAGACUUGUCAAAAACAAAAAUCCUGCAGUCAACCAUAAGGGUAAUGCUGAAACUGUAAAUGAAUUUCCACUAAAAUUGAACAGAAAACAGGCCUGUUACUCCAUCAACAUAGAAGUGAAGUUGUUCACCAGUUUAAUAAAAGAAUAAGUUGUGUUAAAAAGGAAGAGACAAAACAUGGUAUGAUCAUCUAUAAGUAAUAAAACUGUUGGUUUCAUUCAGCAGAGGGAAAGAGAUUUUAGGAAGAGACCUAUGCAUUUAGUAGAACAUACAGUAUUAAAGAAAUCCAUCAGAUGAGGAAAUAUGGAACUAUUUAAAAUUUUUUUUUUUGAAGGUGAUUGUUCUCUGAAGGGGAAAGGAAAUAGACCAUGAACACACAAGCAGAAUUCAUGGGUAUUGAAGAUAGAUAUACAAAAAAGCCGUGUACUAAAAAAUGGCUGUGACCUUGGGAUAGGGAAACAUGUCUUCAUCUUAACGAAUUUAAAAAUAUUUAAGUGUUUUACUUGUGAGUGUGUAUGCUCAGGAGAUAAAUACCAGGAAAUUUACUGUAGCUUGAUUUGUAGUAACCAGAUAUUGGAAACAAAUGUCCAUCAGGAACAAAAAGAAAAGUUCUCAUGAUGGGAUACUUUACAUCUGUAAAAUGCAACAAAUGAGAUUCACAUGUUGUUAAUGGAAGAACGGAAGGAUCUAAAAACAGUUGCAUUGAGGGGGGAAAAAGGAUUUGCAGAAUUAUGCAUAUAGUAUAGUGACUUUUUGUAAAUUUGAGUUAAAAUUCAUGAAAUUCAGUUCUUUAUAUUGGUAAUGAAUACUUCUGCAUAUGUAAAUGUUUUUGAAAUGGAGAAAUACAGAGCAAACCCUUGAUAGCUUUGGCCUGUGAAGAGUGAGAGGGGAAGGGAAUGAGUAGGGGUGGCAGGGUGGGGAGGGGGCUUCAGCUUUUAUAUAUAAACAUCCAUUUCUCUUGAAGACUGCAAGCAAAUAUAUGAAGAUACUGGCUAAUUCUGGAUGUGGUAUAUGGAUAUCGUCUUAUUUUUUGUAAUUUUCUGUAUUUUUAAGAUUUCUCAAAAGCUAAGAAUGGGGGUGAGGAUGGGAACUCUGUGUAGAAAUGUUAUAAUGAACUAAUUCCCAAUCAAAUACUAAACUUUUUAUAGAAGAUAUUUCUGAAAUUUUAUCAACAAUGAGUGUGGAUGGACUUGCUCUCUAUGUAAUAUGAAAUUAUCUAUUUUAUUAAAAUUAACAGCAUACUACAGACCUGUUUAUUUUAACAUGU